AUGUCACAGUUCUGUACGAUGCCAGCGGGAGAGAGGAAGAAGUGUGCAGCAGCUAUUUGCCGAGAGGUCCAUGGAACCAAUGGGGACACCAUAGAUCUGGGGAAGAAGCUGAGCGCUCCUAAAGACAUCAUGUUGGAGGAGCUGUCGUUGCUUUCCAACAGAGGCUCUCGUCUUUUUAAGAUGCGCGGGAGGAGAUCCGACAAAUACACAUUUGAAAGCAUCCAGAAUGAGGCAAACACACAACUAAAUAAUGAUAUUUUACUGGCCAACACACACACUGUGGAAAUUAAAGUGGAUGCACCCGACCAUGAAGGAACUCCUGGUGACGCAGAAAACUCAAAAUCAGAUGCAGAGAAGUCUGACGUCACAGUCUUGCACAAGUGCUACCACUCUCCAUGGGAGCAGGCAAUCCUCAGUGACCCCGACCUUGCCGAGUCUCUCAAACUAGCAAUGGCUGGACUGGACCCAAGAUCAGAGCUUACCGAAUACAAAUCCUUCAACCGGGUUGCCACUCCUUAUGGUGGCUUCGACAAAGCUCCCAGAGGAAUCACGUUCAAACUCCCGGAGAUAGACCUGAGCCUGCUCAGAUACCCAGAGCUCCAGGAGCCGGGUGUAAAGCGGCCCACCUUCAACAGGACAGCCCAGGGAUGGAUAACUGAGGGCACCCAUCUGAUCAUACCCACCAUUACCCUGGAGCCCAUCCAAGUCCCAGAGUCCGAGGAUCUGUAG